AUGGAGGAGGACCGCGCCAUCGCAGACCUCGGACCUGACGCCGCCACAGAGAUCAACGGGGAUGCCGAGACCAUCCCGAAGACGCCAAAGAGGCGCUUCAUUGGGAGGAGAGCUGCGGAUGCCAAAGCCGCCGCCAAAGCUGCUGAGGGAGGCAAUAAUGCGUCGAUUGAGGAGACAGGCGCAGUACAAGUGGCGCCUCGGCGACGACCACCGCGUGCCCUGAACAACGUGCCCGAUGAUAUUCUGUACGACAAGGACAUCAACGAUGCUAUCGCGCUGCUGCCGAGGAACUAUAACUUCGAGAUUCACAAGACGAUCCAUCGGAUACGAACCUCGGGUGCCAAGAAGAUCGCACUGCAGAUGCCAGAAGGUCUUCUCUUGUUCGCCACGACCAUAUCAGACAUCCUGUCCCAGUUUUGCCCCGGUGCCAAUACGCUCAUCAUGGGCGAUGUAACAUACGGGGCAUGCUGUAUCGACGACUACACUGCCCGAGCACUGGGUUGCGACAUGCUUGUGCAUUACGCACACUCGUGUCUCAUCCCCGUCAAUGUCACCAAGAUCCAAACGCUGUAUGUGUUUGUGGACAUUCAGAUUGAUGUAGAGCACCUGCUUGCAACCAUCGAGCAGAACUUCAAGCCAGGAAGCACGAUUGCCAUGGUAGGGACUAUUCAAUUCAACGCGACACUCCAUGGGACCAGUGUGCAGUUACGAGCAGCUGGGUACAACAUCAUUGUGCCACAGAUCAUGCCACUUUCCAAGGGCGAGAUCCUGGGCUGCACAUCCCCACACUUGUCAAAAGAACAGAAUGUUGAUAUGAUUCUUUACCUGGGAGACGGGCGAUUCCACCUGGAGAGUGCCAUGAUUCAUAACCCUUCAUUACCAGCCUACAGAUACGACCCAUACUCUCGACGUCUCACUCACGAGACGUACGACCACGAGCAAUUGCUCAGCGACCGCUCGAAAGCUCUCACCCAAGCUCGCACGGCAAAGAAAUGGGGCCUCAUUCUCGGAAGUCUGGGCAGGCAGGGAAAUCCACAUACAAUGACUCUCAUCGAGAACCACCUCCGAGAACGAGGUAUCACGUGGGUGAAUCUGCUAUUGAGCGAGAUCUUCCCGGGGAAGCUGGCUAUGAUGCCGGAUGUCGAGUGCUGGGUGCAGGUGGCGUGUCCGAGAUUGAGCAUCGAUUGGGGCUAUGCAUUCCCGAGGCCAUUGCUGACACCAUACGAGGCGCUCGUGGUGCUCGGUGGGAGACAGGGAUGGGAGCGGGGAGCAAACGAUGCGAAGGGUGAACAGAAAGCAGAGGUGGUGUAUCCGAUGGACUUCUAUGCGAAGGAAGGGUUGGCGAGAGUGAAGCCAGAAGAUGUAGCUGUGCAGAAGGUUGUUGAGAGUGCGGCUUAG